AUGCUGAUGCACUUUCCAGGCUCCAUGAAAAGAGGCCAGAGGAAGCACUUGUACAAGCUGUGGGUGCUGUGGUCUCCAAUGAGGGAACCUGGGAGGAGUACCAGAGCGAAGAUUCAGAUCUUGCCCAGCUUCUGCAGUGGAAAACACUCGGACACCUUAAGCCUGAGGAAAGGCAGCGACCGGCGGCACCACAACAACUAUCAAUUGGACACCAAGCUGAUGAGUUGCCCCCCCCCCACACUUUGGCUCCCAAGGCUGGCGCAACCAGAGCUCCCCCGCAACGAAGCACCCCAGCCAGUAAGCCCACUGACCCAAGAAAUGGCCCAGUUCCCCCUCUGCAUUGGCGUGGCGCAUCAGGCCCCAGCCCAAGGAGCAGCAGACCCGGCCCAGCAGAGAGCGGCCCCAGCAGAGCGGAGCAGUGCGCCAGGCCCAGCAGAGAGCGGGCCCAGCAGAGAGCGGGCCCAGCAGAGAGCGGGCCCAGCAGAGAGCGGGCCCAGCAGAGAGCGGGCCCAGCAGAGAGCGGGCCCUUAA